GUGGGACCAGCCGCACUUGCCCGUUCUCUCCGUUUCGGAGGAUCCGGGCGGCCUCGGUGCCGCUCGGGGGAAGGGGCGUGUGGGACAUGCCCGAGCCCUCCUUUGCCGUCCCGGCUCCUGGGCGUGACGGAAGCCUGGCGGGAAGUUGGAGCGGCUGAGGCGCGGGGUUCGCUCCCGCCUGGAGGAGCCCUCAGGCGCUGGUCAUGGCGGGACUCCUCCGAGCGCCCCGGCCAGCCUCACCAGCACACACCUGUCUUCAGAAACUGUUCCAUCAUUAUGUAAUUUGAAACUUCAAGUGUGAGGGUUGAGCCAGUUCUGCAAAUAAGAAGUUGGGAGCAGAAACUAAGCAAGAUGAAUGCAUCUGGAGGAAGCUGUGGGAGCCCUAGCUCUGCAGAACCUGCAGGAGAUUUCUUCAAGGAGCUGUGGUCCAAGCUGAAAGAAUGUCAUGAUAAAGAAGUACAAGGCUUACAGCUGAAAAUAUCUAAGCUGAAAAAGGAAAGAUGCUUAGAUGCAGAGAGGCUUGAAGAGUUUUAUACCAAGAACCAACAGCUCAGAGAACAGCAAAAAGCACUUCAUGACACUAUCAAGGUUUUAGAAGACAGGUUACGAGCAGGGCUGUGUGAUCGCUGUGCUGUCACUGAAGAGCACAUGAGAAAGAAGCAGCAAGAGUUUGAGAGCAUCCGGCAGCAGAACCUGAAACUUAUCACUGAGCUGAUGAAUGAAAAAAACAAUUUGCAGGAUGAAAAUAAAAAAAUAACUGAACAGUUCCAGCAAUUACAGAAGGAGUUGGAGGAGCAAAAGCAACAAGGAGUGGAGUCAGAAGAAGGAGUCAUUCCAGAUUCUCCAGUGCUGACUUCCUCAUUCGCUGUGGUCAGUCGCAUGAGGAGGAGAAAGGAGAACAGGCACAUCCGGUACACGGAGCACAGCCACCCCGACCUGGGGCUGCUGGAGAGCAGCACUGAGUUUGGAAAAAUGCCACUGUUUUCCACACAAGUGAACAGCCACCAUGGAGAAGAGAUCCUGGUGGCAGACACCUGUGAUCCACAGCUGUCCCCUGUGCCAAGUAAAGCCAAGGUGGGAAGCUAUCCCCUUCCAAAGCCAGCAUUUAACUUGGCUGCAGUCGUGGCAGAAACAAUUGGCCUUGCUGUUCCAGAGGAGUCUGAGUCCCAAAAUGUGCUGAGCCCUCCUCACACUAAUGCUGCUCUGAGCCAGGCCCCAGAGAGCAUGGAGACUGAAGGCUCAAGAAAGCAUCCAGCUUCUGAAUCAAGAGAUGAUGACAGCUGUUCAAGUCUUUCAGGUGCAGCUCAGAGCACCCCACCAGGUGCUGACUGGGAUCGUCAGGUAGCCUCUCCUGUCUUCGGAGCUUCUAGCGGUCUGAAGAGCACCUCAAGUACCAGCCAUGCCCUUUGUAUUUUAGAGUCAGGAUUGAAGCCUAACCUCAAACCCAACCUUUUCAACAAUCCUUCCUGUUCCAGAUCUCAUAAAAGUAGAUCAAAAUCUGAAGAUGUUGCUUUUGUUGCACCCCUGAACCUCGGAGCAGAAAUCACCUCGGUUAUCGGCCAGGCUGCUCUCUGCAGGCAGAUGCUUGCGGGCAGCUCUUGUGCAGCUAAAAACGAGGUGAGCAAGAGUGAUUUCCUUCUUGGGCACCAGAAGCAGCUAGAGGGCAGGUGUGCUAAGAGAAAGAAGGCUGAAGACGAGCAUGCAGUCAGCUGUGAACAAGCAUCCUUCAACAAGGAGAACUCGGUGCCCCGCGGCUCGGGGGCUGGGCCUGCGGACCGGGAGCACACAGCCGAUAAGCCUCUGGACCUGUCCGAUCGCUUCUCUGGAGCUCGCUGUCAGGAGAGAAGGCAGGGAGCUGAGGAGACCUGUAAGAACAGACUGAAGCAGGUGACUCUGCAUGACAUUUUUUCACAGCUAGGGAAGCCUGUUCCUGGAGGUUCUGCGUCCAUCCAAAAUGCCAACAGUGAGAGCUGUUUGUUUGGCAGAGGUUUACAAGAGGAGUCCUACGUACAAGAGGCCAUGCGGGUCAAGGCAUUCCCAGAGAAGAGAAACCAGAGCCAGAUGAAAGAAGAAGUUCUCCCCUUCAAAAUCACACCACUGCCCAGUUCUCCAGAGACAGAGCAUCUCUUUGAUGAUUUGCAGGUUGCCAGUGGCCAUGUACCAAACAGAAAGAAAGCAAGGACAGGACAUGGAGAGUCUGAACCAGCGUCUGUACUUCAACCAAACCCCUGUAGGCUGACAAAAAAUAAAGCACUGCAAAAUGAGCAAGACCUGAAAGAUAAACCUUUAGAAAACUUCCAGUGGAGCAUGGACCCAGGAGCUGACUUUUCCCAGUACAAAAUGGAUGUUACAGUAAUCGAUACAAAGGGUGGCUCUCAGUCCCGAGCCAGAGGGGAAGUGGAUCUGGAUUACACCUAUGUUAAUGAGAGUGUGCUCUUGAAAAUGAAACCUCCAGAGCAAAGCCAGGACAGCAGCCCAACAGGAGGAGACAGGAAGCUGCACGACACCUUCACAGAGAUGUUUGAGCGCACAACCCAUGAGGACUAUGAGUCCUGCCUGGCAGAGGACAGUCCUGCAAGGUGUGAUGGAAAAGAAGCUCUUCCUGACGAAGAGCAGGGGAAAGGAAUAACAGCAGGAAGCAAGAAAGUGAAGAGUGAGCAUGAGGACAAACAAGAUAAAGCCAAGCAGAAAGCUUUUGUGGAGCCCUAUUUCAAAAGUGAUGAAAGGAAGAACACUGUGUUAGAGUUCCCUCACAUUGAGGUCAUUCGAACAAGAGAAGAAAGAAGAAAGCUGCCUGGGCACACCUGUAAGGAGUGUGAGCUUUACUAUGCAGACAUUCCAGAGGAGGAGAGAGAGAAGAAGUUAGCUUCCUGCUCAAGACACAGGUUUCGCUACAUUCCUCCAAACACUCCUGAAAAUUUCUGGGAGGUUGGAUUUCCUUCCACCCAAACUUGUCUGGAAAGAGGCUACAUCAAGGAGGAUGUUACUUCCUGCCAGCGGCCCAAGCGGCGCCAGCCCUACGCCGUCAUGUUCUCCCCCAAAGGCAAGGAGCAGAAGACAUAAAGGCUGGGCCAGGAAGGCACAGCAGCCUGAAGAGUCUCUUUCCUGCCCUUAGAUAUUUAUAGUUAAUAUUAACUUGACCUACAGAACUGUUUUCCACACUGGUAGCUACAAUCACCCUGUUUGAUACGUUCCUUUUAUAGCAUUCAUUUGAUAACCUGAUGGUGUCCCAGGACCCAAACUUCCUGAGUGGAGUUUUGGUACUAGGAUCCUUUUGUACUCAUUUUUUUGCACCUGGCACACAAGGACUUUGUUUUGGAUUUGCCAGCAGCUGAAAUUCCAGCAAAUCCUGCCUAAACUUUGUGCUGAGAGUGGCUGGGAUUGGUUGUUGUUGUUGCAAGGUCAGUGCAGGUUUUGGUCGAGUGCUUUUCUGUUGCACUGGAGUUUUUAUUGAGCCUCUCUGCUUUGGCACCAAGGGUUCUGUCUACUUGGAAUAAAGCUGGGUUGGGUGUGGAGCAGCCCUGCCUCUCCAGGGCUGGAGAUGUGAGAA